GGCAUGUCUUCCAGACCCCUCCUACGGCCGCUGUGCGACCCCUAUGCGGUCUUGUUGGAAAAGUCGGAGCUUUACCUGGCUGUUGUGAAUCGCUGGGCAGCUAGGGAGGGACAUGAGCGUUUGGUGCAGGAGAAGGUGGGCAUCGGCAAGCUUGCUGCCAUUGUCGGAUUGGCCGCUAGGAGCCUGCUUCCAGACACUCCUACCCACUCCCUUGAGACUCUACAGCGCAAGUCCGGCCUCUCCCCACUGGCAUACAAGACGGCUCUCGACCAUCUUCAAGCAGCCAUCGACGACCACAACAAGCGUCAACUCGCUCCGCGUACCCCACGCAAGGACUACCGUAGCCUCAGCAGCCCUUCGUACUCAUACGCAGGCUCCGAUCCUCGAACACCGAAAUCGAGUGCAGUGCGAAGGGAGAAGGAGAGCGCAGCCAGUGGCAGCGGGCUCAGCCUCAAGGAGAAGGCGCAGGCGGUGCAGAGUGGAGCUGCCUUUGGUCUUGGGACCUCUUCGCCUCGAACACCACACUCGCAUCACAGUCGUACCAGCUCCAGCUCGGCUGCUUCGCCAUUUCGGUCGCCUGCUCAGCUGCACAAAAAGAUCGCAGAGGGGGACACGCCGGUGGCCUCACCUUCUACCUCGCGACUGAGGGGAGAAGUCCCUGCAACUCCUUCGAGCAGACUGAUCAGGGCCGCCCAGGCUGCCACUCCCACCGGGGGCGCAUCGAGGACUUCCACACCCAAGAGCGUGAGGUUCGAGGCAACCUGUGGGAGAAAUAGUCGCGCUCUGGCAGCGGAGUACGACGAUGGAGAGGAAGGUCAGCGGACGCCUAGCAAGAGACGCAGGAUGUCGGACAGGCUGGAGGUAGGAGACGAUGAUGUUGAAAUGGGGUCACCGUCCUCCUCGGCUCGAUCUUCGAGAAGGGCAACGGAUCCACAUUUGGACAGACGGGUCAGGAGAAAGACCUCGGGAACAGGUCGCUCUAGCAUUUCUGAGCUGGACGAUGAUCUACCUUUCGUUCUCUUCCCACUCUCGAGGAAAAUCAGUCAGGGUACGAAGACUCAGGAGAAGCAAGUAGAAGAGGGUCAGGCAGUCAUCAAGCAGUGGCUACACGUCUGGGCCGAUAGGUUGGACGAGGAUUCAGACAGUCAAGAAGCGGCUAUACCCUAACAAUGAGAUUCGACUUUCUGAUGCUUGUGGUCGCAUUUUUUAAUGAUCGAUUACUGUCUACUCGCUCUUGUCAGCUAUAUGCCGUGCGUCUAUUGUACACAGGGUAUGAUUGCAAAGGCAAGGCUGAAGAAGAAGUGUGUGUGGACAUCGCACUGGGGUGCGGAGUGCCUGCCGCGGUACUUCUAGAUUGAGAGGCG